AUGGCGGGUAUUGCAGACAAGUAUUUGAUGAUCAUGAUGAAGAUCUUGCUAGCCCUCUUCAUUGCUUUCCUGUUGAUGUUUGCAGCUCUGCAAGCUGAUGCAGAAAAGCUCACAACCUUGGAGCCUAAGGUGGCCAACCGUCAUCUGUUGAGCGAACCAUCAUCUCUUGGUCGAAAGGGUAACGCUGGUGCUUAUGAUCUCAACAGUACCCCUGCUUCAAACAAGGGCAACACCGACACAGAAACUAAAACUGGCAGCGACGGUUCUAUUGAUGAUGAUGAUGAAACAAACCGCAGCUUUGGUAACUAUGGAUCAGAAGGAUCAUCUACUGAGACACACCACCAUUACACAACUGAAACUAGACCAGGCAGAAACUAA